UGGCAAACAGGAUGCAUGUAUAUGACUGGAGGCAAAGUUUAACCAUUAUGGGCUACAUCAGCUACGUUUAUUACCAGGGAUUAAUGAGUAACUCAUGGUACAAAAGGAGAAGCUGUGAUGGUCUGUUUCUGGAGAAUGGAACUGACUCUGAGGAGGAGACAUAUGAUUUUUUAGAACAAGCCUCUAACAGUGACUUGCUCACUUGCUAGAGAUUAUAUUUUUUACAGAUUAAAUCAGAUUUAGAGGAAACACACUGACUGGUCAUGGCCAGAAGUCCACCCAUCAUAAUGCUUUGGCUGUGGUUGCAGUCUUCUAUGUAUCUUCAGGGUUCAAACAUUCAUGGGAACCCCAGUCUGUGGGGAAAGAAGGCUGAGUUCCAGAUCAAGCCGUGCAUGUGGCAGCUGGAACCAGGGCUGUCUGUGCCAGAGCUGGAGGAGCUGAGCGUGUGUGUCUUGCUACGCCUCACAGUGAUAACCGAAUGGACCGCCUUCGCCUACAAAGCCCCCGGGAACCCGGCGGUCGAGCUGGGACUGGAAGGAGACGACCAACACAUCACGGCGGUGCUGUUUGGAGCCAGAUGGCCCCUGAACGAAUCGCUGUCAUCCAAAGUCUGGCAGUCUGUGUGUUUGACCUGGUCAGCCGCGAGCCGGCACCUUCGACUCUACGUCAACGGGACGAGGCGUCUGGACCAGGCCGUAGACCCCCCCGUGUCUGGGCGGCUGGCCCCCAACGGAACCCUGACCCUGGCCUGGCCUCACUCGGUGGACCAGAAUGGCACGGUGUGGCGGGAGGACGGGAAGACCCUCAUGGGGGGCAUCGGCCUGUUCAGGAUGUGGGCCAGAGAAUGGCGAGCUGAGGAGAUUAUGCUGCUGGGAUGCGUGGAGGGAGACGUGGUGAGCUGGGACGCCAGACACUGGAAUCACCGUUCACCCGCUAGCUGUCCUCCCAAAGAGGACACCAGCCUGCAUUGUGAGUGGUCGAGCUACGAAAUUAAAAUGUGGGCUUAUAUCAAACACUCCAACACUUCUGAUGCAACCAAUAGCAGCCUGGAAUCAAUCACAAGGCACUGGAUGGAAAGCAUCUUCCCGCAGAACUUUUCUGUUCAGCACGUGUCAGUGCUCUCUCAAAGCCGGCGCUGUCUUGCAGGCGAUAACCCUGCUGCUCUAUACAUACAACUCCCUAAGAAAUCAAAAGAAUUUGGGAACUUCACCUUUGAUUACUGCUUCCUCUCUGAGGUGUUGGUGAGCAUUAGUCCCAAGAAGAGUGUUGAGUUGGUGCAGGCUGACAUCAGGAUGAAACUGGAGCCAGAGUUCUCCUAUGACUCCCUUACCCUGAGGACGGAUAUCCAUGAUCUUAGCAUUCAACCAGUCGCGCCGUUGUACACAAUGACAGAGCCACCACCUAUAGUCUCAGAAUCACCCAGACCAGCAACUGACAAAACCUUCAGCUUCCCAACAAUGAGUACAGACUCCACCACAGAAGGGCCAAAGAGCUGUCCAGAAGAAACUCUAGAGUCCAUCUACGGGGUGUAUUUGUGGCCCGAGACGUUUACUUUUGGCCCACAAUUCAUGAAGUGUCAGAGGCCUUUCUACGGGGUUGCCUUCCGGGUUUGUAAAUUCGAUAUCGACUCUGACAUGACCAGCUGGGAGGAUCCCGAUAUGACUUAUUGCGAGCCCCACAUGAACAUAUCUGACCUGCACGACUGGAAUGUCACAGCUGAGAACGCGAUGGACAUGGUGCAGACCAUUCAGCGCCUGCUGUUCUAUGAGCUGGUCUAUGGCAGCGGGAGCGACGCAGAGCUCAGCGCCUCAGACAUGGUGACCGUGAUGGGGAAGCUGGAUGAUGUCGUAGACGUCAGCGUGGUCACGGCCGAGCUCAGCAAUGACAUCUUCCUUAUAAUCUCACUUAUUCUGAUCCCCAGGCGUGACAUGGCUCCAGUGUCUAACAUGGUGCUGAAACUCACAGAAAGAAUCGGGGACAAGGCAGUGUUUUCAGGGGAUUUAUUUAACGUGGCCUUCCCUAAAAUGGCUGUGUCCAUGAUCAACGUGCAGCCAAAGAACUUCAGAGGAAUCACCUUCUGCGUUACUAAUUAUGCUGAUGGUAUGAUCCCAGAGCUCAUGGUCAACGAGAGCUUUGCUGAACCAAUCCCAGGCACGGUUGCGUCUAUCACCCUGCCAGCUGAGCUCAAAAAUCGACUCGCAGCGGACGGAAACAAAACCAGAAUUCAGUUCCAGUUCUAUGGAGUACAAGACCUCUUCAAUGACACAGACAUUGCCAUCGAAGCAGAGGGUAACUGGACUCUCAACAGCUACGUCAUUUCGGCCAGCAUCAACAACAGAACAGUGAAAAACCUCAAUCAGAGUGUGGAGGUGACCCUCAGCAACAACAGAGCCAUGCAGGAACAUGAGAAGGUGAUGUGCGUCUUCUGGGACUUUGGUGAUAAUGAGGGUCAAGGUGGUUGGAACAGCCAGGGGUGUGAGACUCGUCCUAUAUCUGCUAUUAAGACAAGCUGUUUCUGCAAUCACCUCACAAACUUUGCUGUGCUUUUGGACAUAUCCAGGGCCCCCCUGACUACAAAUUCAACCCAGCAAUGUCCUUCCAGUCCUACAACAACCAAAGCGCCGCUCAACAACACUGUUGGCAUAAUGGUUUCGUUCUUCGGAGUAAACAUGACCUUUAUAUUGAAUGGCAACGCUACAAAUCCAACAACUGUUAUCGAGUGCUGGCUUUACGAGCGACUGGUGUUAAAUGGCAUGGACAUGGUGGACUUCUGGAUAUUUGGAAAUAGUAUCAGGAACAUGAAACAAUAUGGUGUACAACAGAUCUCCCACGGGCUAAACGAAGAAUAUAACUGCACCUUCCAUGUUCGGGGAAAUCUAUUGUCAACUAUCAAAGAACUGGAAACCCUCAUAGUAGGCUCCCUGAAUCAAACGUUCAGUAACGAUACUCUUUCCAUUCAAACAACACAGCUGAUGGUACGGUACAUUGGGCCAAGCUGUCCAGAAGAAACUCUGAAGACCAUCUACGGGGUGUAUUUGUGGCCCGAGACGUUUCCUCUGAACAAGCGAGCCUUGAAAUGUCAGAGGGAUUUCAACAGGACAGCCUUCCGGUUUUGUAAAUUCGAUGUCGACUCUGACAUGACCAGCUGGGAGGUUCCCGAUAUGACUGAAUGCGAGCCCCUCACGAUCAUAUCUGACCUGAACGACCACAAUGUCACAGCUGAGAACGCGAUGGACAUGGUGCAGACCAUUCAGGACCUGGUGGACGUUGAGCUGGGCUCAGGCAGCGGCGACGGAGAGCUCAGCGCCUCAGACAUGGUGACCGUGGUGGGGAAGCUGGAUGAUGUCGUAGACGUCAGCGUGGUCACGGCCGAGCUCAGCAAUGACAUCUUCUCUAUGAUCUCAGAUAUUCUGAUCUCCAGGAGUGACAUGGCUCCAGUGUCUAACAUGGUGCUGAAACUCACAGAAAGAAUCGGGGACAAGGCAGUGUUUUCAGGGGAUUUAUUUAACGUGGCCUUCCCUGCAAUGGCUGUGUCCAUGAUCAACGUGAAGCCAAAGAACUUCAGCGGAAUCACCUUCUGCGUUACUAAUUAUGCUGAUGGUAUGACCCCAGAGCUCAUGGUCAACGAGAGCUUUGCUGAACCAAUCCCAGGCACGGUUGCGUCUAUCGCCCUGCCAGCUGAGCUCAAAAAUCAACUCGCAGCGGACGGAAACAAAACCAGAUUUCAGUUCCAGUUCUAUGGAGUACAAGACCUCUUCAAUGACACAGGCAUUGCCAUCAAAGCAGAGGGUAACUGGACUCUCAACAGCUAUGUCAUUUCGGCCAGCAUCAACAACAGAACAGUGAAAAACCUCAAUCAGAGUGUGGAGGUGACCCUCAGCAACAACAGAGCCAUGCAGGAACAUGAGAACGUGACGUGCGUCUUCUGGGACUUUGGUGAUAACGAGGCUCAAGGUCGUUGGAACAGCACGGGGUGUGAGACUCGGGCUAUAUCUGCUAAUGUGACAAGCUGUUCCUGCAAUCACCUCACAAGCUUUGCUGUGCUUUUGGACAUAUCCAGGGCCCCCAUGAGUGAGAAAGACCGUGAGAUUAUGACGCUGAUUUCGUAUCUGGGGUGUGGUAUAUCCUCCAUCUUCCUGGGCAUCACCCUUAUGACUUACUUGAUCUUUGGAAAACUGCGUCGGGAUCACCCGUCCAAGAUUCUGAUCAACCUAUCGGCCGCCCUGCUGGCCCUGAACCUGCUGUACCUGCUCAACACCUGGAUGUCCAGCUACGGCUACGGCCUGUGCAUCCUGACCGCGGUGCUCAUGCACUUCUUCCUGCUGGCGUCCUUCACCUGGAUGGGGCUGGAGGCACUGCACAUGUACUUUGCCCUCAUCAAGGUCUUCAACGCGUACGUGCGGUCCUACAUCCUCAAACUCUGCGUGGUGGGCUGGGGGGUUCCCCUGAUCAUAGUGGGAGUGGUGCUGGCCACUGAUGUAGACGCCUAUGGCAGCAGCAAUAUAACUUCAGCAGCAGAUGAAACAUCUGAACCAUUCUGCUGGAUCCAGAGCGACGUGCACUUCUACGUGACGGUGGCGGGCUUCAUCCUGCUCGUCGUGCUGGGGAACACCGGUGUGUUCGUGGUGGUGCUGAUCCAGAUCCGACGCAUGCGCACCAACAAGCCGCUGGGGAAGCCGGCCGCGGGCGGCUCGGCGCAGGACCUGCGGGCCGCCGCCAGCCUCACCGUCCUCCUGGGCCUCACCUGGCUCUCGGCCUUCUUCGCCGUGGGGCCGGGCAGGACGGUGAUGCUCUACGUGUUCUGUAUCCUCAACAGUCUGCAGGGCUUCUUUAUCUUUGUGUUCCACUGUCUGACGAAGGAGAACGUGAGGAAACAGUGGAGAACACGUUUGACCUUUGACCGAUUCAAGCCGAAUGACUCAGACUGGAGUCGCUCCACCAGUCGGCCCAAACAGGAGCCCAACUCUCACUCCAUGGGGUCGGUGGACACCUCGUCCAUCAUCAAGGCCUCAGAGUUUUCCAGCACCACGGAGUCCCUGCCCGUCCACCCCGGGAGUGAGGGAGCCGGACUCCUUCUACAGGUGGCUCAACCCGCCAGCACUCCCAACAACAUAAAGACCAACACCUCAGUGUCCUGGUCUAAUCAGUAGUGUGGCCUGAUGGCAAAGACCCGACAUGAUGGUCAUGGUAUCAAGAUGACUGAAGGGGGGCGAGAUCGAUAAUUUCAUGGAACACAAAGAGAAACUUUAACGUACCUACUUCAUCGAUGGCCAGGCAACGGCAGAAAUAAUGCUGAGGUCGAGGUUUUUUUUUUUUGUUUUUUUUUUGUAAAAUCCUAUAAAGUAAACUGAGACGAUUUAAACAUCUGCUAUUUUGAGCGCUUAACUGCUUUUUUUAUGCCUAACAGAGGCAGUCAUCUAGUUUCACAGAUAGUUGGUUUAUUCAUUUUAAAGCUAUAUUUGUUAUUUUUCAAUGUAUAUAUGUGUCUUUACUGGAAAAAAUUAAAGUUUUCAAUCAUA